GUAUAUACCUCAUUUGUGUGUAGAGAGCAAACCUCCUGAUACCAAUCUCUACUAGAACUAGAACUUCAGCACCAUGAUGAGCCAAAAGCGCCCAAGCGAGGAUGUGCCAUGCCCUGAGAGCUUUAACACCCCCGAGAAGAGAAGCUGUGAUCCAGCCGUGACGGAAACCAUGAUCCAGCAGGACGGCCACCAUGGUGAGAUUUCAUCUGAACACAAGGUGUUUAAUGACCCGAUCCAUGGUCACAUCGAGUUCCACCCUCUGCUGGUGCGGAUCAUCGACACUCCUCAGUUCCAGAGACUGCGGAACAUUAAACAGCUGGGAGGAGCAUACUUGGUGUUUCCUGGAGCUUCACACAACCGCUUUGAACACUCCAUAGGUGUCGGGUAUUUAGCAGGCUGUCUCGUUAAAGCUUUGAGUGAAAAACAGCUAGAACUCGGCAUCACGGAAAAAGACAUCCUGUGUGUUCAGAUCGCUGGCUUGUGCCAUGACUUGGGUCACGGCCCAUAUUCUCAUCUGUUUGACAGCUUGUUUAUACCAAAUGUCCGGCCUGAUUACAAAUGGAAGCAUGAGAUUGCGUCGGUGCAAAUGUUUGACCAUCUGGUGAAGGAGAAUAAUCUGGAGCCUGUGAUGAAGAAAUAUGGUCUCUCUACCACUGAUCUCGAAUUUAUCAAAGAACAAAUUGCAGGACCACUGGACUCAGCUGCCUCACCAAAUACAUGGAAGUACAAAGGAAGACCUGAGGAAAAGUCCUUUUUGUAUGAGAUUGUGGCAAAUAAGAGAACCAGCAUUGAUGUGGACAAGUGGGAUUAUUUCGCCAGAGACUCAUAUCACCUGGGCAUCAAGAACAGCUCAGACCACCUCCGUUUCCUCAAAUUCAUCCGUGUGUGUGAGGUCAAGGGGAAGAAGCUCAUCUGUGCCAGAGACAAGGAAGUCCAUGAUUUAUAUGACAUGUUUCACACAAGACACUGCCUACACCGCAGAGCCUAUCAGCACAAAGUGACCAAGAUCAUUGAGGAAAUGAUAUCAGAAGCCUUGGUGAAGGCCGAUUCUUACAUUCAGAUCGAGGGAACCGGCGGAAAGAUGUACAAAAUGUCAGAGGCCAUAGACGACAUGGAGGCCUACACCAAGCUCACAGAUAACAUUUUCGAGCAGAUCCUGUACUCCUCUCGUCCAGAGCUGUCCGAUGCUCGCUCCAUCCUGAAGAAUGUUGUCUGCAGACGCUUGUACAAGUGUGUGGGACAGACAACACCUGAAACAGCCCUUAACGUGUCAAAGGAACAGUUGGCCAAGGAGGUGGCUGAAUCCAAACCUGAUGAUAUCGACAUUGACCUGAAGCCUGAAGAUUUUGUUGUCAAAGUAUUUGGUAUAGAUUAUGGCAAGAAGGAGGAAAACCCCAUCGACAGCGUCUAUUUCUACUGCAAGAAUAACCCCAGCAAAGCCUUUCAAAUCCGCAAGGAACAGGUGUCCAAACUGCUGCCAAACACAUUUUCUGAGAAGCACAUCAUAGUUUAUUGCAAACAAACAGAUAAACUGGAAGCUGCAAAGAAAUACUUUGAGCAGUGGUGUCAGAAGAACAACAGCGAAGCUCAGGAUGUUGAUAUCGUGGUUCCAGAAUUCAGUUCUAUAAUUCCACUGCCUCCGGCUUCAUCAGCAGAAGAUAGAAGAGCUGGAGCUGGAGAACGGGUAAAAAAAGGCUUCUUUGGCGCUCCAAAAGGACAACAGCAUUGAAACGUCAUUGCCCCCUGCUGGUAGACCGAAUAAAUCGGGCUUAUUUAUCGGCCAAUCCUCCAAUAAAUGUUUAACCUGCUUAUAAAGUGAUAAGACAAACAGCUGGUGCGUACCCCAGAUUCUUUACAAAGUUGGUCACAUAUCGAUCAGAACCUACUAAAUCAUAUCGCAGCAGUGAUUCAGUGGUGUCAGAAAAUAUCAAACUGUUCCUAUAAGAAUAGAAAUUGUAUCGUGUGAAACCGUCUUGUGUUAGCAUUAAAAAGCGUUCUUGUGUGUUAUUUUUGUCCAGAUUAUAAACCAGCACUCGGUGGAGGUUUGGUAGGUGUAGCUCUUCAUGGUUUGAAUAAGUUUUAAAAUAGUUUGCUAAUGAUCAUUAAAAUAACUCAGUUUUAAAGAAAAGGUGGAAAUGUGAGGAAUCUAGAACAGAUUACACUUUGUAUUUGAUUUUGUGUGUGUUUUGGUGGAAUUUUGGGACAUUUUGUUCAGGAAUUUUAAACUAAUCACAGCAUUAGCUUUAUUUGGUUUGGUGUUUUAUUGUCAAGUCAAACUGCAGCUGCAUAAACUGGGUUUAUAUACAAUGGGGUCCAAAAGUCUGAGACCACACUGAAAUUUUGUUAGUUGGUUGUUUAUUUUUUCAUUAAUAACUUUCCAAAGAAAAGGAAAUGUUCAAAAUGUUAAAUAUUAAAUAUUCUGUGUGAUUUGUUGGUCACUGUUUAAAUGUAAGCAAAUUUGUGAUAUGAUGAUGUUUGUAACUCCUUGAAGGUCGGACAUUCCUUGAGAUUUUUCCCUUCCGCUAAAGAACAUGUUCAGACGACAGUCUCAUGAAUCUGAUCUAACAAGAAUCAUCAGGUUUUCCACAAACUUGUGGAGUCCGUGCAAGCUCAAGUGCACACUGUCAUUAAAGCAAAAGGGAGACGUAUCAAUUUUCAAAUUCAUAUAAAUAUUCUAUAAAAUUUUUCUUUCACUCAAGUUAUUGCUGAUAAUAACAUUUGUAUUUAAACAUUUUGUAUUAAAUUUGUAAAUCUUGCAAAAUAGAAGCAGUUGUUUAGUGAGACUUUUGGACCCCACUGUACAUGUAACUUUACACAGACAUGCAUGAAGGUAAAAUGGAGUCUAUACACUUCCAUUACUUGGUAGCUGCAUUAGCCUUGUAGUUCCACUGUAUUUAGCAUAAAAAGGAAGCUUUAGAGUGUUUUUGCUAAACUAUUGUUUUACAAAAUCAAUUUCUUCUUUUACUUUCACUUUCAGCAUUUGCCUUUGCUUCCUCAUGUAACCAAUUUUUUGGAGUGUAUUAAGUGAGGUGUUUUAAAGCUAAUUUAAGGCUAAUAAAUU